AUGUGCAAAUAUCUAAAACUAAACCAAAUUGUUUUGAUCCUAUAUUUGGUCAAGGAAAUAUCUUCGUCGGUCGAAUUUACUAAUGUCAAGUGCACCUCCUGGGAUAAGAAAUUUGAUGAAUUCGAGUAUUGCCAUCUAAAGUCGGUUAAUCGCAGCUUUAAGUACCUUUCGCUUAAAGUUAACUUAUACAAAGUGCCCAUCACCAAAAUAAAGGUUAAUUUUUCUUUGCUGAAGCGCUAUAAUGGCUACAAGCCUUUUCUCUAUAAUAUCACGGUAGAUGCAUGCAAAUUCCUUAAACACCCCAAGUCGAACCCGAUUUUUGGCUUCUUUCACGGGCUUUUUAAAAAUCACUCCAACAUGAACCAUUCUUGCCCCUUCGAUCAUGAUAUUAUAGUUGAUAAACUGCCCACGAGCUUUUGGAAUCAACAAAUAACCGGAGCACUUAACUUUCCACAUGGUGAUUACCUUUUCCAUUCGGACUGGUAUGCCUAUGGAAUUAAUCGAGCGACUGUUGACUUUUUUUACACACUCUCAUGA